AUGGAUUCCUCCAAAAUCCUUGAAGGCAAUGAAGAAUGCAGCAGCAAUGAGUCUGGGUGGACGAUGUAUAUUGCUUCACCUGUCGAUGAAUACAAUCUCGAUGAUGAAGACACUGACGAUGGCAGCAAUGAUAAACAAGAAGAUGGGCUUCAUGCUGAAGAUGUUGCCGGAGACACUGAUAGUGAUGACUCUAUGGCGUCGGAUGCCUCUUCCGGCCCAAGUCAUCGAGAACAUCUCAGCUACCAUGUUCGAGGAAGUCACUGUCCAGGUGUCUUUGGUCAUUGUAGGGACAAAGAUAACAGAAAAUGGCUUAGUAAGAAACACCACCAACAGGAAGAGAAGAAACCUCGUGAUGAGCAGAUAAACGCAGCAAAAGACAAGCCAGAACACAAGGCAAAUGGUGCUGGCAGAUUGAAGAAAAAAUGA